CUCUCUCUGUUGGACACACUCAGUGUUCGGGAUGGACGUACUCUCGGUGACGCCGCUGCUGCUCCUGCUCUCUUUCCUCGGAUGCUGUGCGGGGCAGGACUUGCUGCCGCCCGGCCCGGUGGAGGGCAUCCUGGGCAAAAGUGUGACUCUAAAGACGCUGGUGGACAAACCGGUUUACGACUUUAUAAUCUGGAACUACAGCGACGGGACCGAGCAGACUAAUGUGGCCACCACCAGCAAGGCGGGUGUGAAAGUGAACGACCCCUACAAGGGCAGGGUGACGGUGAACCAGACCAACGGAUACCUGUAUCUGGAUGGGCUGCUGGACUCCGACAGAGGGGACUACAGCAUCAACAUCAUAUCCGCGGAAGAAGGCACUAAAACCGGGGAGAUCCAUCUCCGAGUCCUGGUGCCAGUUUCAGGUGUAACAAUUAAAUCCAGCCUGCCCGAGGCCAUCGAGCACAACAGCACCGUGGUGCUUACCUGCGCCGCUACAGGCUCUGACCUGAAGUUCGCCUGGCUCAUGGGCACCACGGCUAUCGUCGCCGACGGCAAGCGGAUCACACUGAAACAGGAGGCCCUGUCCAGUUCUCUGACCAUCACAGGAGUCCUGAGGACGGACCUGCCGGCCCCCGUCACCUGCACCGCCACCAACAGUCUGGAGAGCAAGAAAAGUGCCCCCUUCAGCCUCAUAGUGCACUACGGACCAGAUGAAGUUUCCAUCACUCCUCCAAACCCUCCUAAGUUCCUCCGCUCCAAAUCCAACUUCAGCUUGUCCUGUGCGUCCAUCUCCAGCCCCCCAGCAACAUUCAGCUGGUACCAUGGCCAGAAGAUGAUGGAGGUGGCGGGUCCUGUCCUGACUCUGGAGGUCAUAGAGAAAUAUAAAUUGGGUCUUGCAGUGGAGGAGUACACAUGCAGUGCCACAAACGCCAAGACCCAGCGUGUCGGCUCCUCCCCGGCCGUCUCCUUCGCUGUGAUGGAGGCCGUCUCAGGAGCGAAGGUCAGCGGUCCGAUGUCCAUCCUCAUCGCGGGGAACAGCUCGGCCAACCUGAGCUGCGCGGCGGCGGCCGGCAGUGUGCAGAGCACCAGCUGGAAGAAAGGCGGAGCUGCCGUGAGCGCCGGAAGCCGCCUGGUAUUCUCCGCUGACAUGAGCUCCCUGCUGAUCAGCCCGCUCAUGAAGGAGGACAACGGAGUGUUCACCUGCAUGCUCACCAACCCCAUCAACACGGACAGCGCCUCGUACACAAUGCUGGUCAACUACGGGCCUGAAGCCGCCAUGGUGAGCGGGGAGUCAGCUGUAGAGGUGGAAACUAAAGUGGUGCUCACCUGCUCCGCUGCCUCCGUCCCCCCCGCCAACUUCACCUGGAAGUUCAACGGCACGAAGACCGACGUCAAAGCGGCAGUGUAUCAGAUCGAGGCAGCUCGCUACAAAAACACCGGGACGUACACGUGCGAGGCGCACAACGCCGUCACCGGCAUGACCAGCAGCCACACACACAUCCUGUCCGUCAAAGAGGAAGGAGAGUUGGAGGAAGGUCUCUCAGACGGAGCCAUCGCUGGGAUCGUCAUCGCCGUCCUGGUGGCUCUCGGCGCCGCCAUCGGCUUAAUCAUGUACUGCAGACAGAAAGUGCCGGUCGAGUCUCCGUACUAAAGAAACACAGCUGGAGAUACAAGACCGUUUCGUCUCCCAUGAUGCAUCUGUACAGUCGGGAGUAGCGUCCAGUUGGACCCAGCCAGUUCAGUCGAAGCCCUCGCUAAACCAUUUCCCAUGAUCCCCCUCUGUCUCUGUCUCUGUCUCUGUCCCUCUCUGGUGAGGACAAUGGAAACUUGACUUUUUUCAAGCGAUGGAUUCUGUCGGUUUGGAUUACUGGUUUGUUUUGAUCUAUUUUGUUUAUUUUUUUUGCUUUUCUUUCACUUUAACCCUUGCCAUAAAGUGGUCCCCUAUCACCAGACCCUCAUCUCUCUCUCCUCGCCACUCCCACCCGGUGCUAACACACCUGUGUGUCCUUCAGGAAGCUAAAAACACAGGGACGUUUUCUGCUCUGAAGCUGACAGACAAUGAGUGACUAUCUUUGUCCUGCUAGAAUACUGAGGAGGACACACACACACACACACACACACACACACAAACACACACACACACACACACACACACACACACACACACACACACAAAGGCCACACACGUUGUUAUUCAGGAUUCAGGUGUUGAAUAAUAUCUGAAGUUUUUUUGGUGCUUUGAUUUAUCUCCCUCUCUGUGCCAGGUGGGGGGGGGGUCCUUAUUGCAGUGGAGUGUGUUAGUUUUCCAUGCUUCUUGUACUUGCAGCAUUAUUAUAGGACAUGUUGAUCCUUAAUACCUCAGGUUUCACCACACCAACGCUCAAACUGCUGAGCUUUAAGCUGAACACAUCUCCAAACAGUUGAGACUACCAGCCAGCUGUUCUUUUUAAUGGCCUUAAUGGUCCUGGAGUGAUUUGACUAACAACACAUUGGGGAUCCUUAAACUUGGUUGACUAGUUCCCUAUGAAAAACAUAGCAUUUUCUAACCUUUAUUCUGGAUAUCAGCUUCUAAAAUACAUCAUCAGUCAGGCUGUUGUGCCUGAAGGCCAGUUACAAUAGAAAUAGACGCACACACACACACAUACUCACACACAUACUCACACACACAAACACACACACACACACACACACACACACACACACACACACACACACUCCUUAAUCUUUAAUGUGAUGAGGGUUUCUCCUUCUCUCACUUUACCUUAACCCCCCCCCCCCCAGUUUGUGGUCCAGGAUCCUCUUCAGUGUGUAAAUCCUCUCACACUCAUGGGUGGAAAGGUGGCGGUAAAUGUUUAAGGCGGCACGGACAGGUUUCAACAUGCUGGGGUGAGUCAGGUGGUGAAGGUAAAGCAGAAGAAAACCAAAGAGAAGAAAAAACGGGCGGAGGCAACAUGUUUUCAGUUUAGGAGGGAAGGUGAGAUCGAAUGCGUUUUUUUUUUUUUAAACCACUUUAGCAUAACAGGGUCGAAGUUAUUUUAAACAGUGUCUUGUAGAUUGAGUAUUCACCUGGGUUUUUGUCUGAACAUGUUAAAGAAAUCAAACACAUUUGUAUCUAAAUCAACCCGUUUAUUCACUGCAGCACACAAGACAACUAAAAGAGCUCCACUUCCUGUUAUUCUUGAGUUUUUUAUCCUCAGACUUCCGAUGAUGUCUCCCGGCUUGGAGCUGCUGUAGUUUGAUUGUUUGUGUUGGUAGGUUGUGUGUGAUCUCAGACUUCCACGUGCACUGAUCUCCAGUGAGAAAAGUAUUUAUUAUGUUUCUUAAAAGCUUAAUCACUAGAGCUGAAUACCAUAGGUUCAGAUUAAGCAUCCAAAUUCUCCAAGUGGCUCUUACUGAAUUAAAAAGACAAUGUAUCAUUUUCAACAUAUUUAUUUCUCCAGUUUGGGAUAACACACAGCACAGAAUGUAUUCUGUUGUCCUGUAACAACCUGUGUAUUUGUUUGAAGAUGACACAAGCAGCCUUAAUAAAAACUGCCCUCGCUGUAAAUAAUAGAAAUAUACACUUUAAACAAUUUGUUUGUGACAAUGUUGGAAAUAUACGUGGUGUUUUUAUUUGUCAUCAUGAUUUUUUUUUUAAAGCUUUGUUUUUGUUGUCCUGGCUUGUUGUUUGCAGAAACCGCCUUGGAAAUUCCUGUAGUAUUCCUAAAUAAAUGUCCCCAACAUGAAAUUUAUGUCCAAUUUAACAUCCUUGUAAAGCCAUAAAAGUGGUGGAAAUAUUUUCCUAAUUUUG